CAGACUAAACAUUGCUAAAGCUUAGCUAACGAAAAGAAAAGUUACUACAAUUUUCACAAUUAUUUUAUAAAUUAGUUUUUCAUCGAAUAAUUUUGUUUGUUAUCAAACACAUACUAGAUCUACAUAAAAGAUUUACUUUAAAAUUAGUGAUACUACUUUUAAGAGUAAAAGAUUUUAUAAGGAUGCCAGUAGAAGUCGUCUACGAUGACCACGGGGACGGGAUGACCCUGUGCAGAUAUCACGGCGACCGCUUCGGUGCCUCGGACUUUGUGGAGGAGUCUCUGGUCAGCAUGAGGGACGUGGAACUCAGGGAAGAUGACAUCAUGCUGUGCUCCUACUCAAAAUCAGGCUGCCACUGGAUGUGGGAAAUUCUGAGACUUCUGCAAGCUGGAACGACUGACCUGGAGGUCGUGGACAAGGAGUCUCACAUGAUGGAGUACAACACGGUGGAACAAAUCGACGCCCUGCCCUCCCCCAGGGUGCUGAACAACCACAUGCACUGGGACAUGCAACCACGUGACCUGGUUGACAAGAAGAUCAAGACGGUUUUCUUCUACCGCAACCCCAAGGACGUGGCUGUCUCGUUCUUCAACCACCACCGGAAGUUUAAAGACUACGACUACAAAGGAACGUUCAACAAUUAUCUCCAGCGUCUGGUCCAAGGAAAAGUUGACAACGGCAGCCCGUUCCGCUAUCUGAGGGAGUGGGAGGACGCCAUCUUGAGACAUCCCGAGUUACCGAUCUUUGUCGGCUGCUACGAGGAUAUGAAAGAGAACCCCUUGUCAGAGUUAAAGAGGCUCGCCCGAUUCCUUGGUCACGACUACAGCGACGACUUCCUGCGACAGGUCAUGCACAUGACGACCUUCGAGAGCAUGAAAGAGAGGAAAGGUCCUGCGUCGUUCCAGGAUGACAACGGGAGACCUAUCAUGUACAGAAAAGGUCAAGUAGGAGACUGGGUCAACUACUUCACGUACGAACAGAACAAAUGGUUUGACAAGGUCAUUCGCCAGGCAAUGAAAGGGUCAAGGUUGAAGUUCAGAUACACCCUCGAUCACAGCUCGGGACGCGGCAAAUCCAGGAGCGACACCAUGUUCAGCGUCGUUAGGCAAAGUGGGCAAUAGAGAGCGAGAGGCACCAGUACUUAAACUUGGACGAACAACUUAACAAGGGCAACACAAACAUGUCUGGAUCGAAAGGAAACAAUGAAGACUUAGUCGUCUGCGACAAAAGCCUAGUCGUCUGCGGAGCUGCAAACUACUAUCUGUUUUCUAACAGCUUGUGUUUUUUAGUCGGAACUUGGGUUGAAGUGGAAAGCCAAUAUAUCAAUGUUAUGUGUUUAAGAAAUGUAAAAAGACUUAUUAAAGGGAGGAAACUACGACGCUGAAAAACUCUGGUCUGCUUGACAAGAGUUAUGCAAACUUGACCAGUCCCAUAAUCUUCAGCACAAGAUAAAUCCAACAGUUUCAGAAGCAAAAGAGAGGUCAUACCCGCCUCAGUGAGGUCAUGUCUCGUACCCUCCUCAGUGAGGUCAUGUCUCGUACCCUCCUCAGUGAGGUCAUGUUUAAUACACGCCCAAGAGAGGUCAUAUUGAAUACAUGUCUUGGGUAUUUCGGAAAAUGUGUUUAACCGGCUCUUCCUUCUCCUGACCUGAGAUCAAAUCUCUCUUUCUCUCGGAGGAAAGUCACCCAAUUAAGCAGGCUAAGAAACUGGACGCUAAAUGUGACCUAAUGUACAUACGUGUAGAUACUCAUUGCGCAUGUCUAUUUAUUGCAUCAUCAUCUCAUACCGAAUGAAACCAGAUCGGCCACCAACCAUGAUGUAACUAUUUGUACCACUGUCAUCAGUAGUCUAUUUUUACUAUCAAUAUUUAUGCCAAUAAAUCCAGUUGAUAUUAA